AACGCAGCUCCGGAGCCGACCGGAGCUGGACCCGCCCUCAACCCGGCGGGAAAACCUUGAGGAGAAAUUUUCUUUUUUAAACAUUAAGAAAUUUGAGGAUGGUGGGGCAGAACAGCUAAGUCCCAUUUGCCUGUGAUUCCGUAGGCGGAAAACUGUCAAAAUCUGUGGAUAAAUUCAUGACAUAAGAAAGAGGAUGGCAUCUAAAAUAAAUACCAGUUUCACUUUGAUUCCCAACCAGAAAUAUAGACGUAGUAAUCGUCGAUCUAGCAGCUAUUUUUCCAACACCCUUGGCUCAGACUCUCAGCCCUUAUCAACGCUUGGAAAUUUUAAAGCCUUGCCAUUGGAAAUAUUCCAAAUAAUCUUAAGAUAUUUAUCAGUGAAGGAUAUCAGCAUGCUAAGCAUGGUGUCCAAAACAGUCAGCCAGCACAUUAUUAAUUAUAUUUCAACCUCGUCAGGAAGCAAAAGACUUUUACUACAGGAUUUUCAUAACCUUGAGCUGCCUAGCAAGAGACAAGACUCUGCCAUACUGGAGCAUUACAGAUCUCUAGGUCUGCUGUUUAAAAGAUGUACGUUGCUGCUGCCCACAAGGGAAAGACUAAAGUACAUUCACAAAAUACUGGCAGAAGUUUCCUGUUUUAAAUUCAAUGGCUGUGCAGCUCCUAUCCAAUGUUUAGGAUUACCAUGUUAUGGCAUAUUUUUACAGACCUUAACGGCAGGUUGGGAUGGACUCGAGUGCCAUCGUGUGUAUAACUUCUUAUGUGAGCUGACUAAUCUCUCCCGCAAGAUGCAGACCGUUGUCUGUAGCAAACCAGGAAGUGCCCGAAAACUGGAGUUAAGGAUAAGACUGUUCUGUAGGAACGUCCUGCUUGAUCACUGGAUACAUCGGAGUGAUUCUGCUUUUUGGUUGACACGUAUAUUAAAACCAUGGCCAAUGGUGAAUCAGGCAAGAUUAUUAUAUAUCAUCUUCGGACCAGUAUCUCCUCAAGAUGGACAGGUGGUUUGGCAGAAAAUGAUAGAAGGACCUACAGAUGAAUCCAGUCUGAAAGGUUUGGCUGAUGCUAUUAAAUUACUGUAUGACACAGGCACCAAAGAGUGGACAGCAGAUGAUGUUAUCAGUCUUGUAGAUGAACUAUCAGUGGUUCCCCGUGAGUGGCUCCUAGAGAAUAAUGCACGUCUCCUAAUCCUAAGUGGAAACAACAUCUGUUUCACUUUCAUGGCGAGUAAAGCUGUGAAUGGACGGGCCAUUGAACUGGCAAAGCUGAUAGUCUUUUUGGCUUUGGUUUGUGAGAAAGAACUAUACUGCAUGGAUUGGGCAGUUAAAAUGAUGCAAAAAGUCUGUAAAGUCUUUAGCACUCCCAUGGAAAGAAAUAACUUCCUGCAGAGUGUGGCGAAUGCAUUCGCGUGUGUUAUAAUGGAAAUGCUCCAGUCGAUCAUGUCCGGAGACCGUGACGAAGAUGACAGAAGCUUUCUGAAUUUGUUCCAUCUUGUGCAUGCUCAGGCAAACUUCCAUAAGGAGGUCUUGUAUUUGAGCAUGAAUACUCUUUCUACCUAAAUACUCAGGAAGUCUUGCAUUUCGAGAAUACCUCACCGAAGAAAUAAUUGGAAGAGUGCUACUUUUCCACACUCAAAGAAUAGCAUCCAUGGGACUUUUUAUGACCUAAGUAACCUAAAAACUCCAAAGCUGCACAGAAUUUUAGAAGCAUCUGCUUGUACCAUUAUUAAUAUAAAAAUUACAGGCAAACCCAAGAGUGUAUUGAGAUUUCUCCAGAAAACAAGCUGUGCCUUUCCAGAUUUUGGUAAACCUAACCCCCAACUACAUAGAGCAUUAGUGCCCAAUUGGGGGCCAACCUGUAUGUGUUAGAUGUUGGAAGCAAGGGAAAAUUCUGUUUUGUAAGUAGAGGUGACUCAAAUUCAUUAAGUGGCUUCUAUAUGUUCACUUUGCCUAGGUCGUGUAGACAUAACCUAGUAUGCUUUAUAAAGAACUGUAAUAUGAUGCUUUGGAAUGUGCAGAUAGAAAUCACAUU